UUCUCCGGGUACUCCGGCUUCCUCCCACAGUCCAAAAACAUGCUGAGGUUAAUUGGUUACUCUAAAUUGUCCGUAGGUGUGAAUGUGAGUGUGAUUGUGUGUCUGUAUAUGUAGCCCUGUGACAGACUGGUGACCUGUCCAGGGUGUCCCCUGCCUUCACCAGAGUCAGCUGGGAUAGACUCCAGCACCCCCCAUGACCCUAGUGAGGAUAAAAUGGUGUAUAGAGGAUGGAUGGAUGGAGUUCCUGACUCCUGCGUCUUUUCUGUUUCGCGUUUUGCUAAUAACGACCAGUGUUUUGUACCGAGCAGCGCUCCGUAGCUGGGACAGACUGUUGUGGUUGAAAUCAGCGUUUUUUGUCGACACCUGCUCCACUGAGCUUCACAGCCGGAAUAUCAUCACCAGAACCCGGGCAGAGCUGCAGGAGCGACCCGUUAGACGACAGGACACGUAUUCAGGUCAGAAUGAGUUCUAAAGGAGGCGGCACCGCUCUGACCCGACGGAACUACAGGCUGGCUUCAGACACCGACAAACCCAGACACACAGGAAUUGUGAACGAGAAGCUGCUCAGCGACUACCUGCACCACGUGUUCCCCUCCAGCAAGCAGGGACCUGCAGUGGCCUCGCUCAGGAAGGUUCUAGGAUUCCAGGAUCUGAGUUCUCACCUGGAGAAACGUCUGACUGAAGAUGAACCUGAGGAGAGUUCAGAUCAGACUGAAGGACGUCUGGGUCCUCAACCUGUCGUCCUCGACCACACCAGCGGCUUCGAAGGACUGCUGUUUGUAGACGAUGACCUGCUGGGGGUGAUCGGCCACAGCAACUUCAGCUCCAUCAGAGCAACCACAUGUGUUUAUAAAGGUAAAUGGGCCUACGAGGUUCUGAUCUCCUCUCAGGGUCUGAUGCAGAUCGGAUGGUGUACACUCAGCUGUCGCUUCAACCAGGAGGAAGGAGUCGGUGACACUCCGGACUCGUACGCCUACGAUGGAAACAGAGUCAGGAAGUGGAACGUGACGACCACCAACUACGGAAAGUCGUGGGCAGCAGGAGACAUCGUCAGCUGCCUGAUAGACCUUGAUGAAGGAACCAUCACCUUCUGCCUGAAUGGACAGUCUCUGGGGACGGCCUUCACUGGCAUUAAGACGGGUCCAGGAGUCGCCUACUUUCCCGCCAUCAGUUUGUCCUUCAAAGAGUCGGUGGCCUUCAACUUCGGCAGCCGACCACUCAGGUAUCCGGUGGACGGGUACCUGCCCCUCCAGAACCCUCCAGCUGCGGACCUGCUGAAGGCCCACAGACUGCUGGGAUACAUCAGGAACGUUCUGUCCACCUCCAUCGACGCUCAGGACGAGCGGCUGCUGGAGAAGGACUGUUCUCUGUGGAAGCUUCAUGGAGAACCCACUGUCCUCAUCACUCUGGCUCAUAUCUUCAACCACUUUGCUCCUCUCAUGUGUAAAGUGUACUUGGUGGAGGAUGUUCUCAUGAACUUCCUGCUGGGGAUCCUGGAGGGAGGAGGUUCUGUGGAUGAGCAUCCGCUGAUCCAGCAGCUGCUCGACCUCUUCUGGCUGCUCAUGGAGGACUAUGAGGUGAAUGAGUGUCUGAAGCAGCUGAUGAUGUCUCUCCUGAGAGCCUACAGAUUCUCUCCCAUCAUCCCAGAUCUGGGUUUCCAGAUUCACUACCUGCGUCUGACCACUGCCAUCCUCCGCCACGAGAAGUCCAGGAAGUACCUUCUGAACAACCUCACGUUCGAUGUUCUUCGUUCUGUCGUCUUCUUCUACAUCAAGACUCCUCUGAGAGUGAAGGAGGCGGGGCUAGAGGAGCUCAUCCCCACCACCUGGUGGCCCACGCACUUCGACAAGGAGGGUAAAGACGAGCGAGAACCCAAAGAUGAGAGUGCAGAUGAACGUCUGAGGCGUCGAGCCUAUGAAAGAGGCUGCCAGAGGCUGAAGAAGAGAAUCGAAGUGGUGGAGGAGCUCCAGGUCCAGAUCCUUAGGCUGCUGCUCAACAACAAAGACAAAACAACGGGAGAAGCUUCCCGCUACAUUUUCCUCAACAAGUUCAGGAAGUUUCUGCAGGAAAACGCUAGCAACAGAGGGCAUCCCACAGCGUUGUGUCCUCCAGAGUACAUGGUGUGUUUCCUGCAUCGCCUCAUCACGGCCGUCAGAACCUGCUGGGAUGAAGGCAGCCGCAAGACGGGCAGCUUCAACAGCGAAGAUGCCUACAUCCCCCCCCAGCUCUUCUACAAUGGGAAGGUGGACUACUUUGACCUGCAAAGACUCGGGGGGCUGCUGUCCCACCUGAAGAAGACCCUCAAAGAUGAUCUGGCUGGAAAAGCCAACAUCAUCAUCGAUCCUGCAGAGAUUCAGGCCACAUCUAUGGACGACCUGGACGAGGACGAGGAGAGUGGAGCCGCUCAGAGGCCGUUCGGGGCGGCGGCUAUGGGUGGAGCUCUGGCAAGGCCCAGCUGGCUGAGUUCUCCCACUCUGGGUCGGGCCAACCGGUUCCUGAGCACCGCCGCCGUCAGCCUGAUGACGCCCCGCCGGCCCCUGACCCAGCCGGAGAAGGUGAAGGUCCGGACCCUGGCGGUGGAGCAGAGAACCGAGGAGGACAUUGAGGGUAGCCAUGGCAACGACGGCCUGUUGCUGGGGCGACCGCUGGAGGAGCUGGACCAGGCGGUGGCCGACAAGUCGCUGCUGGAGAUCGUGGACGGAAUCGUGAUGAUGUACAACCUGAGCGUCCACCAGCAGCUGGGGAAGAUGGUGGUGGUUUCAGACGACGUCCAUGAAUACGCCGUGGCUCUGAAGGACACGGAGGAGAAGAUCGCUCGCUGUCCUGCCAGGAGGGCCGAUAUCCUGGAGGAGCUCCAGAAGAGCCAGAAGGUUUUUGCAGAGAAGCUGAACCACCUGAGCAGAAGACUGGCCUGGAUCAACGCCACCAUCUACUCCAAGGAGAAGAUGCUGGACGUCUACUGGCUACUGUGUGUCUGCAUCAGGACCAUUGAACACGCCGACAACACCGGCUCUUUGUUCGCCUUCGCUCCAGAGUUCUACCUCAAUGUGGCCAUGAACGCUUACAGCGCCCUGAAGAACUACUUCAGCCCCGCCAACAGCAUGGAGGAGCUCCCAGGAUACGAGGAAACCCUGACUCAGCUGGCUGCCAUCCUGGCUAAGCAUUUCGCUGACCCUCGCAUCGUUGGAACAGAUAUCAAAGACUCUCUGAUGCAGGCUCUGGCCAGCUACGUCUGUUACCCACAAUCCCUCAGGGCCGUGGAGAGGAUCCCUGAGGAGCAGCGAGUGGCCAUGAUGAGGAACCUGCUGGCUCCAUAUGAACAGAGACCCUGGGCUCAGACCAACUGGAUCCUGGUCCGACUGUGGAGGGGUUGUGGUUUCGGCUACAGAUACACUCGACUGCCUCACCUGCUGAAAACCAAACCUGAAGACGCAAACCUGCCCAGCCUGCAGAAGCCCUGUCCGUCACUGCUGCUGCAGAGGCACAUGGCUGAGCUGCUGAGCCUGGACAAGGACAUGGCUGCCUCAUUCCUCAACAGCGUCCUGAACCAGCUCAACUGGGCCUUCUCCGAGUUCAUCGGCAUGAUCCAGGAGAUCCAGCAGGCGGCAGAACGUCCAGAGAGGAACUUCGUAGACACUCGUCAGCUCAAGGUGUGCGCGACCUGCUUCGACCUGUCCGUCAGCCUGCUGCGGGUUCUGGAGAUGACCGUCACUCUGGUACCAGAGAUCUUUCUGGACUGGUCCCGUCCUUCUGCAGAGCUGCUACUGCGACGACUCGCUCAGCUGCUGAAUCAGGUGUUGAAUCGAGUCACAGCCGAGAAAAACCUGUUUGACCGAGUCGUCAACCUGCGACUGCCAGGUCUGGAGAGCGUCGACCACUACCCCAUCCUGGUGGCCGUCACCGGAAUCCUUGUCCGGAUCCUGGUGGAUGGAGACCGGCAGGGGGUUUCUCGUGCUUCCUCCGUCCUGCUGUCCGACCCUUGUUUCCAGCUGCACUCCAUCCAGCACCUUCUUGGGGAGGCAGGAGACUCCUCUGGUCCCUCUGGUUCAUCAGGUUCUUCGUGUUCCUCUGGUUCCUCGGCUGCCAUCGCCGCCCGUCCAGCUGUUGGAUCUUUGGGUUCGUCCAUGGCUCCUCCCAUCUCUACAGCCGGAAACUCGUCAGAGCGGAAACACUUCUCUCUUCAUGCGUACACCGACUACAUCAGUGAGGAGGAGAAGCAGAAGGUGGAGCUGAUGUUGGCAUUUCUCACUGAAGAGUCCAAAGAGGCUGCAGCCAGCACCGCACCAACCAGCGAGGAGGAUCUCUGUCCCAUCUGCUACGCCCACUCCAUCUCUGCCAUCUUCAAACCCUGUUCUCACAAGUCCUGCAAAGCCUGCAUCAACCAGCAUCUGAUGAACAACAAGGACUGUUUCUUCUGCAAGGCCACCAUCACUGGAGUGGAAGACUACAGCAAACCCGCCUCCUAACAAACGUGUUAUAGAAGAAACCUGUCAAACAUCAGACUACAUAUCAGUGAACCCAGAGCCUCUCACAGGUCUGAAAUAUCCUCUGUAAAAGCCACAGAACGACCUCCUUCUGUAACCUCUGGUCUGUUCAGGUCUGACUAUAUCCACAUCUAAACUGUUUUUAAUUGUGUUCAUGUGUUCUUUAAAUAAACUGCCUCAGAGACA